GCAAAUAGCGCCGACACACAUAUUCACAUAUGCCUGACCUCAAUUUCACAGCCAGCAGCAGUACAGAUGAUUUCUCCGGAGAUGAUACGAUGACGCGUUGCGCGCGAAGUCCAAGCUGUCGGAUCGUACCCCAAGAUAUCGAAGAUGGCUGAUGCCUAUACUCAAUUGGAGGCAGUGUACUGCCCACCACUCGACCCUGCUCUUUUGUCUGCCAUCUUGUCAGAUUAUGAUGUCAAUAACGAGGGCCAACUAGCCGAAGCGAAGCUCGCGCUAGACCAGCUCAAGGAAUCAGCGCUUCUGGAGGAGCAGUUGGGAUUCGACGCGUCUGGCACGGGCGGAAGGGAAGAUGAUGAAUUGCCCACCAACAACCCAGGAUCAUGUCCAGGAGAAACCAACACGACAGUAUCAAGAGAAACAGAUCUCACGAGUUUAUCAGCUGGAUAUCAAUCUUUAGAUCUGGAUAGCGAUACCGCAGAUGAAAGCAAUUUGAUCGCGAACGGCGAUGUCGCAGAAGAGCUCGAAAAUCUAGAUGAAACCACGAAAAUCCAACUGCUAGAAAGCAUCAUUGAUGGCCGACUCAGUCGUUACACUGUCCAGUAUACUUUGCGCAAAUGUCACGGGAGAUGGCAUUCUGCUUUAGAGGAGCUUCUUAGCCAGAUCUACCUACGUGAGGCAGAAGAUGGCGAAAGCGGAACCAAAUUACCAGCCAAAGGCGUGGAUGCCUUUUUCGAGGAGAAUACCGCCCGUCGCAAUCGCAAGGGCAAGGCGAGGAAGAAAACCCAACAAUCGUCUCGCGACAAUCUCACCAUCUCUCGCCCUGCUACCCCGGAUGAACCCACUGCGAACAGCUCCAACGCUUGGCAAGGCUCUAGUCGAGACAUAGAAUUCAUCGCAACCCGGACUGGGAAGCCCUCAUCGGUAAUUGCGACACUGUACCACAAGAGUGGUGCAUCCCGACCCAAAACUAUUGCGGCUGUCCUAAAGACUCAUCUGGCCGAGGGUACCGCUGCUUUGUUGGAAGAUCCCGUGAAAGCUGCAACAGCGCACGAUCUUAGCCAGGCAUAUCCGUCCGUCGCGAAAGACUACAUCGCUGCUUUGAUUGACUUGUCUUAUCCUUCGACUGGGGCGGCGCGCGAAUUGGCCGAAGCGCUGACCGCGAAACCUCCACGUCAAGGUGGUAUUGAGAUUAUUCCUGCCUAUGUCCGACCAAACUUUGACGCCGAAGCUGCUUCGCCUGGUCCCUUCUCCAGGAGAUCACAGCCUGGCAGGGCCGACGUGCUGGACUCCCAAAAUAUAGAAGCUCGAGAGCGGGCGACCACAUAUGCUGCUGCUAGGAACGCUGCAUUGGCUCAGGCGUACGCUGCUCAUCGCAAGGCGAAGUCGGAUCGGCUCAUGGGUGGUGUAGCUGCCUACUAUGGACAGCUGAGUCGCGAUUACUAUGCGCUUUCAUCUGGCGCAAAUGCUGCCGCUGCCGAUCAACUGGCAGCCUCUCAAUCCAACUCCACGCAGCUCGACCUCCAUGGCAUCGAUGUGUUGAACGGAGUGAGAAUCGCCCAGGAGAAGGUCGAGCAAUGGUGGGAGGGUCUGGGUGAGGCACGUGCCAACGGUCGCAUCGGCGCGAGCGAGAGGCAGUCUGGAUAUCAUAUCGUUGUCGGGCUUGGUAAACACAGCGAAGGCGGUCGGAGCAAGCUUGGUCCUGCUGUUACAAAGAUGCUGACUGCUCAGGGUUGGAAACAUGAAAUGAAUGGAGCAGUGAUCACCGUCAGAGGUCGUAUGCAGCGAUAGCUCAUCUUCAAGCCGUCCGUACCCCUCAUGACCCUGCGUGUGUACUUGAAGGCGAGACUGUCAGAUCGUCAACGAUCAACAGUUUCGCAUGUUUGUAUCCUGACGAAAUGGGGAGAGCCGAGGAUCUCCAAGUUGGAGCAUGACUAGCUAGCAAGACGGCCGCCUCGUAAGACGAUGAGAGAGUCCUUGUCGUCUCGCCAGCGCCUUCACGCCUUGUUGAGCGCCUGUCAACCAUUUGACCACAAGUUUCUG